AUGGCGGGUCACGAGGGCACUGGUGUACAACAGCACGGAGAUAAUCAUGACAUUCCAAAUGACCUGAAAGUCCACAAAGCAGGAGCAUGGCUACCUGCAGACCACCGCGCUCACAAAGGAUGGUUGAAGGAGCAAAUCGACCAAGCAGCAAAGCACAAGAAGCCACUUCUCCCCGUCAUUCAAGAAUUCAAGGAGUUCAUCGAAUCAGACCCUCGACGGUACAUGUACUUCACCGCGAUGUUUGACGAGGUGCCUUUCAAGCACGUCUACCGGAAAGAUCCCACUGGCCACAAACAGAUCCGGGACUACCACCAUAUGUUAGAAGUCCUCAACCAUGUCUUCGGCUCGGCUCCCGUCUGGACCGACGCCGCUCAAGCCGUAGGUAUGGUCGGAGUGCCGAUGUGUGCGAUUUUGGAUUUUCCGAUGUCCACUCCCUCCGGCCAUGCUGCGUUUCUCGACCCGGAGGUCAACAAAAUGCUGAAAAAGGUUCUCAAUGAAUGGGGAAAGUUCCUCCAACAGCCCGAAUCAGCAGGUGUUCUCCAUGAGAACAAAACGGGCUGGCUCGGCCCACAUGGAAAGACAGACAUGAUGUCUGUGGCUAAUGCCCCAUAUAAGACCGAUCACAAAUUCGAAGAUUUUUUCGUCUGUGACACGUCAAAGAAGCACUAUGGAUAUAAAUCUUGGGAUGAUUUCUUCACGAGACAGUUCAAGGAUGAGGUGCGGCCUGUCGCAAGUCCCGAAGAUGACAAUGUGAUUGCGAAUGCAUGCGAGAGCAAAGUGUUCAAUGUGCAGUACAAUGCGAAACUGAAGGACAAAUUCUGGAUCAAGGGUCAGCCAUACAGUGUUAAAGACAUGCUGGCAAACGAUCCACUUUCCGAACAAUUUGCAGGAGCAACUGUGUAUCAAGCUUUCCUGUCUGCUCUGUCCUAUCAUCGUUGGCAUUCACCGGUCAGUGGGACUGUGAAGAAAGCUUACGUCCAGGACGGCACUUAUUUCAGCGAGCCAUUAUUCGAAGGACUGGGUGAUCCGAACACCAAGGAGAUUGACGCACAAGGGAUCUCAAGUGGCCAGGGGUAUUUGACCGCUUUGGCUACGCGGGCCAUCAUUUUCAUCGAGGCCGAUAACCCUGCCAUCGGAUUGAUGGCAUUCAUUGGAAUCGGUAUGGAUGAAGUGUCGACAUGCGAAAUCACGGUGAAAGAAGGCCAACAUAUCAAGAAAGGUGAACAGACGGGCAUGUUCCACUUUGGUGGAUCUUCUCAUUGUUUACUCUUCCGACCAGGUGUGAAGGUAGAAGGAUUCCCACAGCCUGGCAGAGCAGAGAAUGUUCCAGUUCGAAGCCAAGUUGCAGUAGUCAAAAACUAA